CCAGGCUCCAGAGGAUGCGCCCCAGGAGACCGCUACCACUGCCACCACCGCGGGCAGUGCACCUCAAAACGAACAGGCCGCAAAUGCUGCCGCCCCUGGUGGUGCCACCAUGCCUGCCAACAGAUCAUCAAGCAGGCGAAUGUUCCAGUUCACCUUCAACGUGCCUUUCCCGACUUCCGUGGAGGCCGAGAUCGCCAGAGAGUACCUGUUGUUAAACAUCCAUCGGCAAGGGCCGGCCCACCUGGAGCAGAGUGUGAACGACAAAGUCCUGACUGUCCGGCUGACCGCUGAGGACCCCGAACAGCUCCGGCUCGCCAUCAUCUCCUGCCUGGACCAGCUCGCCAUGGCCGUGCGGACCAUGCAGCGCCUUGUGUCUCGGUUUUCUACUAAGAGUCGGUUGGAAAGAGAGGGCUGAGGUCUAACCCACUUCCCCUUCCUAACCAGUGCAUCCUUCCCUGAGUGCUGAGCCCUAGGCUACUGGCUACUUGAGUACGGGCGCUGAUUUCUUACCUGCACUGACCUUGGAAGUUUCACAUGUUGUGUAAA